GUAACAGGACUUACGUCGAUUUUUUAAAACAAGUUGAUGAAACCCAAUUGCGCAAUGUCAACGUGCAUGAUUUUAGUUUGUUAUCACAAAAUAAAAAAGAAAUUUUAGGUAAUCAUCAUGGAAUUGCAAAUAAAAUAUAACGAUCCCAUUUUACUUAAAAUAGGGUUCAUGUCUAUGUCGUUCGCAGAGGUCCUUUGCAAAUGACGAUUUUCAAGUUCAUGUAGUACUAAAUCAUUUAUAGCUGCCAAAUAUAAUUUUAAGCGAUCAAAUUUGAGAUACGAAAUCCGCAAAGGGUGCGUUCAAGGGUUCACUUUCGUCGCACUAAGUUAAGAGAGAAGAUAAAAUUUGAUUAGAAAAAUGAACAGUACGGAUUUUUUUUAACCUAAAUGGUGCACAAAUCAGUAUUAAAAAGUACAAAACCCGAUUGUUUCACCCUCAAUAAUAUGAUGCAAUUUACAGCAUUGGGUAUUUGUUAUGACGUGGUGUACCAUGGGGUUUGAAACCAAAUUCAAGCAGACCGCCCUUUUUCUCUCGUCCAAUGGUAUCCCACCGCGUAGUGAGUAUAGAUGUGUCAAAAAUCCAUUGCUUCUUAGACUGGCCAGAAUGAUGCUUUGAUCACACAUUCACAUUUGACCGGCAGUUUAGUUUUGCUUUCUUUCUCGUCCUGUUAAGGUUUUAUAUUUGAACUGGAGAUUGAUACACAACUUCAGUCAUGAUUAAAAUAGCCUUCUACUGCUUUAUCGCUUGUUUUGUGAGCUUGACUCACGCAUUAUAUCCUUCCAGUUCGGACGUAAUUGAACUCACACCAAGCAACUUUAAUAAACUUGUUAUCAACAGUGAUGAAGUGUGGGUUGUGGAAUUCUAUGCACCAUGGUGCGGUCAUUGUAAAUCAUUAGUACCUGAGUACACAAAAGCUGCAUCAGCGUUAAAGGGUGUUGUCAAAGUUGGAUCGGUUAAUGCUGAUGAGCACAAAUCACUAGGUGGUCAGUAUGGUGUUCGUGGCUUUCCUACAAUUAAAAUCUUCGGAAGCAACAAGAACAAACCAGAUGACUUCAAUGGCCAGAGGGCAGCUCAAAGUAUUGUGGAAGCAGCUUUAAAGGCUGCCAAAGACAAGGUUGAGGGGCAAAUGGGUGGUGGAAAAAAGAAAUCUUCCAGCUCUAGCAAAGAUGAUGUAAUUGAACUUACUGAUGAUAACUUUGAUAAACUAGUCCUGAAAUCAGAUGACAUCUGGCUGGUUGAGUUUUAUGCUCCUUGGUGUGGCCAUUGCAAAAAUUUGGCUCCCCAUUGGGCUCAAGCAGCAAGUGAACUAAAAGGGAAGGUUAAACUGGGUGCUCUCGACGCAACCAUCCACACAUCAAAGGCCAGUCAAUAUGGCAUCCAGGGUUUCCCUACAAUUAAGUAUUUCCCUGCUGGCCCCAAAACUUCCUCUUCGGCUGAAGAAUACGACGGUGGCCGAACAGCAGGAGACAUCGUCACCUGGGCUUCCAACAAAGCUGCGGAAAAUAUUCCUGCUCCAGAAAUCAAACAACUGACUGGCGAAGAUGUGAUGAAAUCAAACUGUGUAGAUCAUCCGCUUUGCGUUGUCGCAAUUCUGCCAAAUAUCUUAGACUGUCAAUCAGAAUGUCGUAAUGGUUAUUUGAAAACAUUGGCAGCUCUUGGAGACAAGUACAAGAAGAAAAUGUGGGGGUGGAUCUGGUCUGAAGCUGGGGCACAGCCUGAAGUAGAGGAUGCUUUAGGUUUAGGUGGUUUCGGCUACCCCGCCAUGUCUGUGUUCAGCCCCAAAAAACUUAAAUAUUCUGUCCUUCGUGGAUCGUUUGGAAAUGAUGGUAUCAACGAGUAUCUGCGAGAUCUAUCUUAUGGACGAGGAUCCACUUUCCCAGUCAAGGGAGCCACCAUUCCUGCUGUUCAAUCCAUCACACCAUGGGAUGGAAAAGAUGGACAACUUGAAAUUGAAGAGGAAAUUGAUUUGUCUGAUGUAGACCUAGAUGAUUUAAGUAAAGAUGAGCUGUGAAACCCUUCGUUCGGCUAUGAAGCAUUUUGAUCGAAUUCUUGUUCGGGGGUUUUCCCGACGUGUUGUGAAGACGCGUGUUGAUCCUGAACAUUAUUAUGUUUGUCGUAUUUCAUUUUUCAUUCUCAAAAUAAAACUGUCAUACCUUGACAUUUUAUAGUU